AUGGCGUCCGGCGCGCACGCGGCGACCAAGUACUCCGAGAUGACGGCGAACAAGCUCACGGUGACGACCAAGCUCGAUGGCGCGGCGUGCGCCGCCGGUUCGAAAAUCAAGGCUGGUACCGGUGUAUUGAAUGUCAUGGCUACCGGUCUCGACACCAGCUGCACCGACUGCACCGCCACCGUGAAGAUCUGCUACGACUCUGCGGAAACCGUCGGUCGCAAGUGGCGCAAGAAGAACGACGUCGUUGACAAGAACAAGCAGUGCAAGCAAACCGCCGUCGAAGCGGAUGAGCUCGAAAAGGGUAUCGACGUGUCAAAGCUCACUACUGGACACGACAUCACCUUGCCGCUCAACAUCGCCCCGAUCAAGUACACUAUCCAAGUUCUCCAAAAGUCCGCCGCGGACGGCUACAAGCGCUAUGGCGACAGCGGCUGCACCUUUGAAGUCGAAACGUAUGAACGCACGCCGCAAGGCCUCGUCGGUACGAUGAGCUUCUUCAUCGCGUUCUCCGUGAUUGUUUCCACGGCUGGCAUCUGGUACGACCACAAGAAGCAAAGUGCGUACGCCGCCGCCAACGCGUAA